GGCUUCAUGUCUUGGCCCCUGGGCCCGUGCCCCGUCGCGGCUGGGCGUGGAGGACGAGGGCUCACGCCGCGUGCCUUCCCUCUUUCCGCAGCGCCAGCAGCCCAACGUGCCAGGAGCCGGGAGCCCAUGGAGGGUCUGGGCCGCUCGUGCCUGUGGCUGCGCCGGGAGCUGUCGCCCCCGCGGCCGCGGUUGUUGCUCCUUGACUGCCGCAGCCGCGAGCUGUACGAGUCAGCGCGCAUCGGCGGGGCUCUGAGCGUGGCCCUGCCCGCGCUGCUGCUGCGCCGCCUGCGGCGGGGGAGCCUGUCAGUGCGCGCACUCCUGCCUGGGCCGCCGCUGCAGCCGCCCCCGCCCGCCCCGGUGCUCCUGUACGACCAGGGCGGGGGCCGGCACCGGCGCGGGGAGGCCGAGGCCGAGGAGUGGGAGGCCGAGUCCGUGCUGGGCACCCUGCUCCAGAAGCUUCGGGAGGAAGGCUACCUGGCCUACUACCUACAGGGUGGCUUCAGCAGAUUCCAGGCCGAGUGCCCUCACCUGUGUGAGACCAGCUUCAACAGUCGUGGUGGCCCAAGCACAGCCCCGGUGCCCAGCCCAGUGGUGGGGCUGGGUGGCCUGUGCCUGGGCUCCGACUGCUCCGAUGCGGAAUCUGAGCCCGACCGUGACUCCAUGAGCUGUGGCCUGGAUUCGGAGGGUGGCACCCCCCCCCCAGGGGGGCUGCUGCCAUCCUUCCCCGUCCAGAUCCUGCCCAACCUCUACCUGGGCAGUGCCCGGGAUUCGGCCAAUGUGGAGAGCUUGGCCAAGCUGGGCAUCCGAUACAUCCUCAAUGUCACCCCCAACCUCCCUAACCUCUUCGAGAAGAACGGCGCCUUUCACUACAAGCAGAUCCCCAUCUCAGACCACUGGAGCCAGAACCUGUCCCAGUUCUUUCCAGAGGCCAUUGCGUUCAUUGAUGAGGCCUUGUCCCAGAACUGUGGGGUGCUCGUUCACUGCCUGGCAGGAGUCAGCCGCUCUGUCACCGUCACCGUGGCCUACCUCAUGCAGAAGCUCCACCUCUCACUCAACGAUGCCUAUGACCUGGUCAAGCGGAAGAAGUCUAACAUCUCGCCCAACUUCAACUUCAUGGGGCAGCUGCUGGACUUCGAGCGCAGCCUGCGGCUGGAGGAGAGGCGUGCACGGGAGCGGGGCAGCGGGGGGCAGGAGUCGGCUGCCUCUGACCCGCCCUCUUUCUUUACCACCCCCACCAGCGACGGUGUCUUUGAGCUGGACCCCACAUAGAGCCCCUCCCCACCCCUCAGUGGGUGCUCUGGACCACCCAUGUGCUGGGGGGAGAAGGGGAAGCGGGAGGGGGCUCAGUUGUAAGCAGGGUGGUUGGGGGGGAAGCGCAAUACCUCAUGCGGGGGCUGUGGGAAGAGGCAGGAGCCAGGAGCCCCUGCAGGGUGGCCGCAGGGAGACCUGUCCUACCCACUUGAAACAUCCGCGGGAAUCCUAUUAAAUGUGCCUAUGGGCCGGGCCCGGGGCCACGGGCCUGACCCGCGCCGCUUUCAGGCGGAACUGUGCUCCAGAUCCUGCCUCUUCUGCGACUGUUAUUUUUUUCUUUGGGGGGAUGGGGGUUCCCAUUUCGAGGGACCAUUCCAGGUGGCUGCCUGUUCCCCAGGCCCAGGCCCCGCAUGUUCAGCCAGCUCGGCUGAGCCCUGAGCCUGCCUGUGGUUUCCUUCUUUAGGAAGGGCGUGUGCCUGCUCUGGCCACCUCAUUUGCCACAAGGACCUGCUCCCAGUCCCAUCCCUGUCCCCAAAUGGCUACUUAUGGGGAGGGGUUCACCACCACCACCACAAACGUAACCUCCCUGCUUCUCUGCCGAGGGCUUGGGCCUCUUGGGGCUGGGGUCCUCCCAGGGGAUGUAGACUCAGAGGUGCAGUGGCUGCCCAGCAUCCACAGGGACAGCUCCUCUCUGUGGCUCCUUGCUGGGCAGCGCCAUAGGGGAGGGCGCUGACCAAGGAACCACUGGGCGGCUUCCCAGCCGCACAUCUGGCGCCCUGACUGUUUAUCCACUUGACAUUUGAAAAGAUGCUUUUUUUCCUCUUCCCCCAGAUGUCUUGAUGGGAUCACUGGGGCUCUUUGUGACUGAGGGUGGUCAGACUGCCGCCGGAGGAGAUGGGGUCUCAGAGCAAGAGCUGGGGGUGGAGGAGGGGCAGAAGAAGGCCUGGAUUUUGCUGCUGUGGGUCCCACAUGACCACAGUUAUUUUGCGGGGUGGGGAAAAGGCCGGGCUGCAUACACACAUGGUCAUUCAUUGCAGCGCACACCCCUCGUGGGCAACAGGCAUGCAUGUGUGCGUGUGUGUGUUGGCGCUCACAUGCGCAUGCUAGCCUGCUUACACCCAGGGCCAGCAGUCCCUGCAGUGGGACUAUCCCACCUUUGCGAAUCCACACCACAGUUGUUUUCUUU